UGGAUGAUGAGUUUGUUGACUAUGAGGCGUUGCCUGCUCAUACUAGCCGCAGGGCUGUAGAAUAUUCUGACAUCGGUGAUUCAACGUUGGUGUGUGAGUAUUGCGGUGCUUUGUUUUGGUUUGACGAACGUGUUAUAUCCACAUCAACCAAAGAUGUUCCAAAAUACUCAUUAUGUUGUAGUCAAAAAAAGGUUGUGCUCCCUUUUAUGAAAGAGCCACCUUUGUUGUUGACUCAAUUGAUUGAGGGUGCAGAUGAACGAAGUAAACAUUUCUUAGAGAACAUAAGAUCUUACAACAGUAUGUUUUCAUUUACAUCAAUGGGUGGUAGGGUGGAAGGAAAUGUCAAUCGGGGUAGAUCUCCUCCCAUUUUUAAAUUGCAUGGCCAAAAUUAUCAUCUGAUUGGUAGUUUGUUACCUCCUCCCGGUGCGAGGCCUAAAUUUGCACAGCUAUAUAUAUAUGACACAGAGAAUGAGGUUCAGAACAGAUUUUCAUCUGUGAGUGACAGUCGUGAUAAGAGGAAGUUGCAUGAG